AUGGGCAACAAGCAAUAUUCAGAAUCAGCUGCUAGUGGAUCUUCUUCAUCGUCUACAACAAAUAAACCAAAGAAAAUAUCAUCAUCAUCAUCAUCAUCAUCAACAGCAGCAUCAGUGUCAACGAUGGGCAGAAGUGCUGCGCUUCCUCAACCUGCUCGUCGAAUUAUUCAGAAUUUUCUUCUUGUCUGGCUCGAUGCCAAUGUUGACGAGUCAAAGGAAGAUUUCCAAAAUUCAUUAACACAUUUACGACGAAUUGUAGCAUCCAUUACAACAUUCACCGAUGCUCAGCAAUGUUUUGAUUUUCUUAAUGGCAUUACAAAGGAAAAGGCAUUUAUGAUCGUAUCGGGUUCACUUGGACAGAAAUUUAUACCAGAAAUGGAAGCCAUGCCACAGUUAGAAUCUGUGUACGUUUUUUGUGGUAAUCAAUCUUAUCAUGAACAAUGGGCCAACAAAGUAUCGAAGGUCAAAGGCGUAUAUACAAAAAUCGAAACAAUUUGUAAAGCCCUAGAAAUUGAUCGACAACGAUGUGAUCAAGCUAUGAUCUCGAUCAGUUUCAAUGGUCUUGAUGCAUUGUUUAUGUACACACAACUUUUGAAGGAAGCAGUCUUAGAAAUCGAAGAUGACGAUGCCAAAUCGAUUAAAGAUCUCGUAGAAUAUUGUCGUCUUCAAAAUGAUAUUGAUGAUGAUGAAAUUAAAAAGGUACAACGUGAAUAUCGUGAUCAUAAACCGAUUUGGUGGUAUACGGCUCCUUAUUUCAUGUACUCAAUGCUUAAUCGUGGUCUUCGACAAAUGGAUGUCGACAUUAUUCUUAAAAUGGGCUUUUUCAUCCGUCAUCUACAUCAACAUAUUACAGACUUACAUCAUGAACAGCAAAACAGCAAAGCAGCCAUGCCAUCAAAAUUUCAAGUUUUUCGUGGUCAAGGCUUAUCCAUGGAAGCCUUUGAAAAAAUGAAGAAAACCAAAGGUGGACUCAUGUCCUUUAAUAAUUUCUUAUCGACAAGUCGCAAUCGUGAGAUUUCUUUCAAAACCUUUGCACGGCCAGCAGGAUUCGAUGCGGAUUCAGUUGGCAUCCUUUUCAUUAUGAACAUCAAUACGGCUAUUUGCACAGCUUCAUCGACACCUUUUGUCAACGUCAAAGGUGUUGGCUUCUACGACGAUCAAGAAGAAGAAAUUCUCUUCUCGACACAUACAAUUUUUCGUAUCGAUCGUAUAGAACGUAUUGAAGAUAAGCAUACAGAUCGUCUCUGGCAAGUCAAUCUCACCCUUGCUGGUAAUCAAGAUGAUGAUUUUAACAAACUAACAGCACAUUUACGCGAAGAUAUUGCAGGGACUACAGGAUGGUCUCGAUUCGGUGAUAUACUCAUUAGUGUGGGUAAGUUUGAAAAAGCAGGACAUCUCUAUGAAUUACUCCUUGAAAAAGCUUCUUCUGACAAAGAAAGAUCGGAAUACUAUUUUCAACUUGCCAGGGUGUAUGAUAACAUGGGCGAAAAUUCGAAAGCACUUAAAUAUUACGAAAAAAAUCUCGAAUUUAAACAAAAAACUUUUCCUCCGAAUCAUCCCCACUUGGCUUCUUCCUACAAUAACAUCGGUUUGGUGUAUUAUAACAUGGGCGAGUACUCGAAAGCACUUACAUCAUACGAACGAUCACUUGAAAUCCAAAAAAUAGCUCUCCCUCCAAAUCAUCCCGACUUGGCUGCUUCCUACAACAACAUCGGUAAUGUGUAUGCUAAAAUGGGCGAGUACUCGAAAGCACUUUCAUCGUAUGAACGAUCACUUGAAAUACGAAAAAUAGCUCUCCCUCCUAAUCAUCCCGGCUUGGCUUCUUCCUACAACAACAUCGGAGAAGUGUAUAGAAACAUGGGCGAGUACUCGAAAGCACUUUCAUCAUACGAACGAUCACUUGAAAUCCAAAAAAUAGCUCUCCCUCCGAAUCAUCCCGACUUGGCUACUUCCUACAACAACAUCGGUUUGGUGUAUGAUAACAUGGGCGAGUACCCGAAAGCACUUUCAUCGUAUGAACGAUCACUUGAAAUCAAAAAAAUAGCUCUCCCUCCGAAUCAUCCCCACUUGGCUUCUUCCUACAACAAUAUCGGUUCGGUGUAUUAUAACAUGGGCGAGUACUCGAAAGCACUUUCAUAUUACGAAAAAGACCUGGAGAUCACUCUGAAAGCUCUCCCUCCGAAUCAUCCCGACUUGGCUUCUUCCUACAACAACAUCGGUUCGGUGUAUAAUAACAUGGGCGAGUACUCGAAAGCACUUUCAUAUUACGAAAAAGCACUACAAAUCAAGAAGAUUGCUCUUCCCCCAGGACAUCCAAGUACUGCACUUACGGAAAGAAACAUUGAACUUCUGAAAAAGAAAAUGUAA